GAGCAGUAAAAAGAAUGACGUCACCGGGUAUGUGUUGUUACCGUCGACCUAAGGAGCAGGCAUUUCCUUUUUUAUUAGUAAUAACCGGGGUUCUGUGGGUUUUAUUGUCGUAUUUCUCGGUUCAUCUACCUGCCGAGUUACCUGCAGCCUAACCUGAUGGCGCAUGUAUUUCUUAAAUAAGUGAAGAGGCUGAAUAGAUUAAUGCGCACCUUUCAUAACCCUCCCCCGUUCAUUUAAUAUUUUUGUCUGAAGGCUGGUUUUCUGCGUACCCUUCAUCUAAAAUCCCCCCCAAAUCAUUGCUACACUUUGCAAGUCUGUCUAGGGUUUCUGGACUGAUGAGUACAAAUCGUGUGUGAAAGGAACACCGCCGGGAUUUUGAAGAAUUUGCCUGUGGUGUUAAAGGAAGAAACAGGGAGGAAACUGUGAGAGAGCUCUACCUAUCGACUGAAGCAAGACAAUCCAGCAACCCCACCAACCUUAUAGCACUACAUUCAGACACCAUGAACCACAUCUGAGUGUCACCGAGCUCAGGGACUGUCCAGGGAGACUUUGUAACCGAGUUUCUUUAGCACCAAAUACUUUGCUAUUCGACAACAAUGAGUUCCUAUUUUGUCAAUCCUCUGUUUUCCAAGUACAAAAGCGGCGAGUCCCUGGAACCAACGUACUACGAUUGCAGAUUCCCACAAAGCGUCAGCAGAAGCCAUGCUCUUGUUUAUGGUCCAGGCACUGCUGCCCCAAGCUUUCAGCACCCUUCCCACCACGUUCAGGAGUUCUUCCACCAUGGAACGUCCACCCUUUCAAACUCGGGAUAUCAGCAGAAUCCAUGUGCCCUGACGUGCCACGGGGACGCCUCUAAAUUUUAUGGAUAUGAAGCAAUGCCGAGGCAAUCGCUUUAUGGUUCCCAGCAAGAGGCGAGCGUGGUGCAAUAUCCUGACUGUAAAUCGUCUUCCAGCAGUAAUGCUAGCGAGGGACAAGGCCAUUUAAAUCAAAAUUCGUCGCCUAGUCUUCUGUUUCCUUGGAUGCGACCUCACGCUCCAGGAAGGCGCAGUGGCAGACAGACUUACAGCAGGUAUCAGACUCUAGAGUUGGAGAAGGAGUUCCUUUUCAACCCUUACCUAACGAGGAAGCGCCGAAUUGAGGUUUCUCACGCCCUGGGACUAACUGAAAGACAGGUGAAAAUUUGGUUUCAAAACAGGAGGAUGAAAUGGAAAAAAGAAAACAACAAAGAUAAACUCCCGGGGGCGAGGGGGGAAGAAGAGAAAACAGAGGAGGAAGGAAACGACGAGGAAGAGAAAGACGAAGAAAAAGAAGACAAAAAGGAAUGAGAUUCCCCCUCCAUGUCUCAUUUUAUGGCAAAGGAUUAAAGCGAGGUUUUUAUGACGUUCUUUCAGUUUUACAGCUUAUCACUGGCGUCUCACUUACAAAUCUGUCAAGUCAGAUUCAAAUGCUAGGUUCAAGUGACCUUUCACCAUAACUUGCAGUCGAUGUGUUUCUUUUGGCAAAUGGAUCAUGCCACAAUGAUGUCUCCCACCAUUCGGUACCCUGCAGAAGGAUACUUAGUACCAUGUCAAUGGACAGCGUAAACAAGUUUCCUUAAACAGCACCUGUAUGACUUUUGUACAUUCCUACUUAAAUCCAUCUAACUUCCUUUUAUAACGUAUAACUAAUGUCUCAAAAUUCUGCGCUUUCUGACUUUUUGAAAAUGUGUGUUUAGAUGGUUUUGUGUUGCACAACUGAGAAACAUUUCAGCACUAGAAGAAGAAGCAUUUUUAAAUGCACGUUUUUGAUUGCAUUACCAAGUGAUGUAUUAUAAAACUUGUUAUAUAGAAAUGAUUAAGAGGAAAACAAAGAUCAACACAAUAAGUGUAGUAGAUCCACUUUUGUUUCGCAAAAUACACCUGUCUCAGUAUGUGAUUGAAUAAAAGCAGCCCACUAAUACACAUUUGCACACACUAGAUUGUUCAGUUUCUGUUUUCCACUACCACAUGUUACAUAAUCUGCGUGUCAGAUACAAAUCGAACUUCUUAAGGGUCUGUGCAGUAAACAGUUCAUUUGCUAUAUUGUUCUGUAUACAGUUUAAAUACAAGGAACUGACUCAUUUAAAUAACAUUGUAGCACGAUUUUUUGUCCUGAAACUCUUUAAUAAUUUUCAUUUCAUGUUAGCAUUCAACAGUCUAAAGAACUACCUAAAUGGGAAUCUGCAAUAAACCCCCAAAUAGCAUGGGGCAUAAAUGUACUUGAUACCUUAUGUGUUCUGAACUUAAGUGUUACAGAUGGGACGUGAUGAAGGCUACUGCGUAGCACAACAAAAGGGAAAUUAGAUCUAUCUUUCACUACCUAUAGAAGGAGUAGUACUUUGAAAGUAUUGGUAAUGCGGUUUUGUUGUAUGUUGCUGCUUAUUUUCUUGAAAAAAAUCCCAACAACUGAAACUGCCUAGUUGAACGCACAGUAUUGUGUUAUUUUAAUGUGCUUACAACGUAGAUUAGGAUUAUAUGCACUGAAUAUAUACCUAAAUGUCUUGUUAUACUUGUUGAUGCAAAGCUCGAAAAUUGUCUGUUGUUUUAAUAAAACUGAACGUAGUUGUGUGUGUUAAAACGUAUGAAUGUAUUGGUUGCUGUUAUCUAGAACUAGCUUCUAGAAACAGUAAGUUUAUAUUGUGUAUGUGAUAUGAAAUCAUAAUGAAA